AUGUCACAACUGGCGUCUUCAUUAAGCAAUUUUGAGAAUGGUAAAGGGAAGCUACCAUCUCAAGUAAUCUCCAAUCUAAAAGAGAAUGCAAGUGCAAUGCCUUUACGAAGUGGAAAGGAUGUGCAAUCCUCAAAAUUGGAAGCAACAAGAGAUGGAGAUGAACAAGUGUCCGAUGAGCCCAAGAAAGAAAAGUUGUCAAAAUAUGCAAAGUUUCUGAAGGGGUUGUGCACCAAUCGGAACAAGUUGAAUCUCCAGGACAAAGUAAAGGUAGGUGAGAAUGUGUCAGCAGUCCUUCAAAGAAAGUUGCCGCAAAAAUGCAAAGAUCCAGGAAUAUUCACGAUACCAUGCAUCAUAGGCCAGAAAAGGAUAGAAAGAGGUAUGCUUGAUCUAAGAGCAUCUAUUAACGUUAUGCCUUUGUCAAUAUUUAAGACCUUAAAUUUAGGACCUCUAAAAGAAACAAGGGUAGUAAUACAAUUAGCCGAUAGGUCAAAUGUUUACCCUGAGGGUGUGGUUGAAGACGUCCUAGUGAAAGUCAAUGAGUUUAUCUUUCCUGCGAAUUUCUAUAUUGUUAACAUGAAUGAUGAUAACUCAGCUAAUUCAGUUGUGCUUCUUCUGGGUAGACCAUUCAUGAGUACUAGCAAGACAAAUGAAGAGGUGGAAAGUGUGGAUGAUGAAGAUACUGUAGAAGCAGUUAUGUCACUACACUCACUUUCUGUACUUCCCGACAGGUCAAUAGACUCAUUUUUACCAUUACCUACUCCUAAUGAGAGAAUUUUACCUUCUGUGGAACAGACACCCAAGUUAGAAUUGAAGGAAUUACCAAAGCACUUGAAGUAUGCCUACCUUGGAGAUCACAACACUUUGCCGGUCAUCAUUGCAAAUGAUUUGACUGCGGUACAGGAAGAAAAACUCCUACGAGUUUUGCAGGAGUACAAAUCAGUAAUCUAUGGACGUUGGCGGAUAUCAAAGGUAUAA